AUGUGGAUCAUUCUCGACCCCAGAGCUCUUUCAGAUAAACUCGAAAGUAGCUCUGGACCUCGUUGCUCUGAAGCCGUCAUGGUUCCUGUAAUGUUGCAGCGUCUUCAAUCUGGAAUAGAAAGAAAUUUUUUUGAUGACUUUAACUUUAAACCGAAACAGAUUUUGUGCUUACAACACUUGAUAGAUGGACAUGAUGUCAUUGCUGCUUUGCCUACUGGUUUUGGGAAAACUUUUCUGUUUCAAGUUCUACCUGAUAUUUUGCCUGGAAAGAGUAAUAUUGUUGUUGUCGCAUGUCCCUUAAAUUCCAUUAUCGAAGAUCAAAUGAACAGGCUGAUGUUUCAAGGUCUGAGACAGAACCAUAUUAUUCCUUUAUUAUUCAAGGCAGAUGUGCGUAACAAAAAUGUAGACGAUUCUGUUGCAACAGAGGAGGACUUUUCUUUGUUGCGUGAUAUAAUUCUAAAUGGCUCUCUCAAGAUUUUGUUUUGUCAUCCUGAAGCCAUUCUUAGUGAACGUGGCAGUUUAUUGAUGAAUUCUAUCACAUAUCAAGAAAAUGUUGCAGCAUGCGUCAUUGAUGAAGCAAAUUGUGGUGACAUGCGGGGUAAAGAGUUUAGGAGAGAUUUUUCAGAAUUAUCAUCACUGAAAGCUUUUUUUCCAAAUAUACAUUUUUUGUGUUUGACAGCAACUGCUCCUCCAUGUAAUACAAACAUACUUAUAAAUACAUUAAAAUUAAUUGGCUGCAAAGUAAUCAGAGCAAAUCCGAAUCGGCGAAAUGUUUAUUUAGAUAACUGCUACAGGGUAGAUAGAGUUUAUGGCUUCCAAAGCUAUGAGAAAAAAGUUAUACCUAUAAUGAAAAACUUAAAAGUUCUGCGGAAGAAGUAUCCUCUAACUAUUAUAUACAUGAAACGUAGAUAA